UCAUCUCGCUGGUGUGCACGGUGUGCCCACGGCGAGCUCUGCCGCGAGUUCCGGACACCCAGAGCUGAAUUGAAAGAGGAACAAAGGCCCCUGAAAAAUCUUUGGAAGCCUCUCUAAAUAUAUCCAGUGGUGGAUAAGUAGCUAACGGACAUUGAUCCCAACAGAACUAAUUGACUGUGUGAAUCAAGCCAUUCUAUCCCAUCCGGAAGUUGAAGCAUCAUCCUUUGAUAAAGCGAGUGUCCAUAUAAUAAGAGGAUGGCCUUUCAAUUCAACUUUAGUAUAGAAGAGGAUGUAGAAAAUAAAUUAACACCCCUUGGAGAUGGAACUUUGACCCUGGAUUCAUCAAAAGAACCACCCGUCUCAAAAAGUCAAAACGGAAGGCAGGACAGAAAGUGUUCUGCAGAACCAUCAGACUUGCUUCCGGAUGGCUUAUGGGAAUCCUCAAUGGGUAAUGCAGCUUCCUCUGAAGACACCGACCGCCCACUCAGUGCAGCUGAUGGGUCAGGUGACCGGGAAGCAUAUGAAAAACAGCCCUUCUUGAGAGUUGCUAAAGAGCAUGCUAUGCCUAAAGAUUUAAAUCAAGUCUUAGAAAAUACGGUUAUGGAAAUGUUGCCGGGUCCCCAUGUCAACAUAGCGGUAGUGAAAACUGUCUUGUUGAAAGAGAAAUUCCCUGGAGAAAACAUAGUUUCAAAAAGCUUUUCAUCUCAUUCUGAUCUGAUUCCAGGUGUCUAUGAAGGAGGCUUGAAAAUCUGGGAGUGUACUUUUGACCUCUUGACUUACUUCUCAAAGGCCAAAGUGAAAUUUGCUGGGCAAAAAGUGUUGGAUCUUGGGUGUGGAUCGGGAUUGCUUGGAAUAACUGCGUCCAAAGGAGGAGCUAUCGAAGUUCAUUUUCAAGAUUAUAACAGUCUGGUGAUCGACGAAGUGACCUUACCUAACGUAGUCGCUAACUUCCCUUUGCAAGAUGAGGGCAAUGAUGUAAAUGAGCCAGAAGGGAAAAGACAAAAGAAGUCAAAAGCAGCCCAAGAAACAUGUAAAUGUCGGUUUUUCUCUGGGGAAUGGUCUGAGUUCAGUAAGCUUGUAUUAAGUGAAAAACUCUUUGCAAAAUAUGACCUCAUUCUCACCUCAGAAACCAUUUAUAAUCCAGAUUAUUACAGCGCUUUGCAUGAAACGUUCCUCAGACUGUUGAGUAGGAACGGCCGGGUGCUUCUGGCCAGCAAAGCACAUUAUUUUGGUGUUGGUGGUGGCGUUCAUCUCUUUCAGAAGUUUGUAGAAGAAAGGAAUGUAUUUGAGACUAAAACACUUGAAAUAAUUGAUGAGGGUCUCAAGAGGUUCCUAAUUGAAAUUACUUUUAAGUAUCCCAGUUAAUAUAUAGUAGCCUAAUGGAAUAAACAGAGGAACCCAGAACUUGUGACUGUUUAAUCUCUUUUUUAUAAUUUUUUCUGAAAUUAUGGUGUUUGUAUGGUUCUGCUUAUUAAAACAAUAAGCCAUGUAUAGUAGCAGCCUGUGUUUUCUAUGUAAAACUGCCUGCGCAUUUGAUGAGCUCUUGAAUCACUUUGUACAAAAGGUCUUUCUCCAUCUUCAUUCUACUUGACCUUUCUACAGUCUCUAACACUCCAUAAACACAUUCUUGGGGACUAUUCCCAUUUAUUAUCAAGUCUAUGAAUCUCUCUACAGUCUUUGUUAGUUCCUCGUUCACAUGAAGUGCCUGGCUAGAUUAUUAAGGACGACUG